AGUCAAACAUUGUAUUCCAGCAGGUUGGAGCAAGUGAGAGCAGCCUGCUAUCAUAGCUUAGGCCUAUUCAAAAAAGUUGAGUUUAAAUCAAGUAUCAGACGGCAAAUAGGCAUAAUGUGACAAAAAUGUAAUCAGGGUUAUUUGUUGAUAAUAUAAAAGUUAUUUUGCGGUGUUAUUUUAGAAAUGACAACAGGAGAAACCGAGUCUGCUUUGCUUCAGUAAACUGCGUUUUUCUUCGACUUUGUACAAUGGAGGAUCUGUCCGCUCUGCUGCAGGUGGAUAACUGCGCUCAGCUGUUCAAGGGGUGGCGUUAAAUCCAUACAGUGAAUGUUGGAGCUAAUGAAAUGGACCCGAGCUGAUGCCCCAAAGUCCCGUUCUGCCCACACUAGACCCUGCUGGUCACGGGUGGGGAUGGCAGCGCGUCCGGAUGUGCAGGCCAUACCUGGAGUUGUGGUUGGGAGUGUUUUACUGCUGGUACUGAGCAGUAAUCCAGUGUGGGGAAAUUCUACUACUGAAAGUCACAACAGUUCUAAUAAUACUAAUGGGACCAACAUUGCAGCUAUCGUGGCCCCUACGGUCAUUCUGGGUGUCCUGGCCAUAGUCUUGGCUGUUCUCGCCUGGCUCCUCUGCGUGGUGAAAAAGAAGAGACAGACCGAAGGGACCUAUAGACCGAGUGCUGAGGAACAGUCUGGUGCAAGCAGCGUGGCGACACCAGACGCACUCAAGUUACCAAAGGAGGAAAGACUAAUUUGAGAUUUUGUGCUGUUUGUACAAAAGGACACAGGAUGCAAAAUGUUUGCAUGGUAGCGUUCCUGUGUGACGAGGCUCUCUCCCUGCAGCCGAUCAAUGAAAGGAAAAUCCUCCUAUGUUUGAGAGGACUGGUUGCCAAGUUUGAUGCUUUUACUUACCUCUUUCAUUUCAACAAGCCCUGAAUGCAUGGUUCUUACAUGGCAGAAAAGCACCUGGAUGUGUAGGGGAUUUUAAGAACAACUGAACAUUUCAAGAAAGUUUUGAGCAUUUUUUCUCCCCGCACAAAUGAAACAGUAUUUUGUCACCACUAAUAAUUUUAGUUUAGAGAUAUUUUUCUUGCUUCAGCUGCCUUAAUAUACAGUUUAUACAUGUACUUGAUUUGAUUCAGUCUAUUAUGAAAUACUGUCACUGGCUUAAUUUAUAGUGAUCUUUUACCUUAAGCAUUUGCCUCUGAGAGUCCUGAUGUUUUUUUUAGUCUAAUAAUGAAUGUAAUUGAACAUCACAGUGCAAAAAGUCUUUAUUUGAGAAAGAUUGCUGUGUAUUAAAAAUGAGGUUAUACUGAGAUAUUAAAUCAAGUAAAAGUGAGCAGUUGUUUACAUUUUAAAUAUUCCUUAAAGUAAUCAAACUAAUUUAAAAUCACAUUAUUUAAAAACUUUUUUUAUUUCAUGAGAUCAAUCAUGCACUGCAUCAUAAUCAAGCAGAUAAUGUUUUACAAUGUCACAUGCUUAUGUAUGCUUUUGUCAAAUAAAUAACAAAAGUUGUUGUAAAAUAGUUUACUUUAAAAAGCAUUGAAACUAAUAUUGAAAGGAUAUUUGAGAAUAUCCUCAACAUCCUGUUCUAAUUUACAAGUUUUCUUAAAAUGACAUGAUGUUACUAAAGGUAUGAUUAUGUUCACCGUAUGCAAUCCCAGUCAAAAUAAGAUGUGAGUAUGAAGCAGGGGAACAUUUGAUAAAAAUGUAUUUGAACCACGUACAAAAAAUCAUUGGGGAAAAAUGAUAAAUUCCAAAACUAUGUAUUUGUCUUACUGUAGGAUGAUAAAACAGCUCGGCAGAUAAGGAGUCCUGGUAGAGUGAAAAGUUCAGCUCCUGUAACAACCAGUACCUGACUGUACAGGUUGUUACCUGAUAAAGACUAUAAAACACUGAAGCCAAUGUUAGUCUUUCUGGGGGAAAAUGCUAUCUAUAAUGAAAAAUUGUAGAGAGUGUAUAACUGUAUGUUUAUGUACAGGUAUUUUAUAAAUCCUGGUACCUCUCCCUCUCUCCUGUCUGUCGGUGGUUCAUUCCAAAUGUUUUGGAUCUGGAUCUUCAUCAACCACUCCUCUUGACUCUCUCUCCCCCUUAUGUGCAUGUUGUUCUCUCUCUAUCUCUCUCUCUCUACCUCUUCCAGGUCUCUGUGGUGGAAAGACAGUUGUGUGGCUCAGGUCCUAUGUGUUUGGCGACAUGAGGUUUCUCAAUGUACUGCUGGAUCCAUAUUCUUCAUAUUUAAGUUAUUUAUCAUUUAGUCAUAAUGAUUAUCCACACUAUUUUUCCUUAUGUUGGGACUUUUCUGUACACAACAUCUAUUGCAUGUCUGUGCAUCCUGGGAGGGGGAUCCAUAAACUGCUGCUCUUCCUGAGCUUUCUUCCAUUUUUCCCAUUUUCAUUCAAAUGUCUAAGGAGUGUGUAAGGACAGAGGAUGUCGUAUACUGUACAGAUUGUAAAGCCCUUGAGGCAAAUUUGUGAUUUGUGAUAUAGGGUUAUAUAAAUAAAACUGACUUACUGUAA